AUGCUGCACCGCAAAAUGACGCUUAAGAUGAUCGAUAUCGGAGCGAAUCUGACGGACCCGGUUUUCACAGGCCUCUACCGCGGCAAGCAGAAGCACGAGUCGGAUCUGACAGCUAUUUUGGCUCGCGCACAUACUGUCGGUGUUGAAAAAAUCAUAGUCACGGGUGGCAAUCUUGAGGAGAGCCACAAGGCGUUGCAACUGGCAAAGGAAAACGAGGGUGAUGAGCUGCCGCAACUGUUCUCCACUGUCGGGGUUCAUCCGACGCGUUGCAGCGAGUUUGAAGCAGACGGAAACGACCCCGACACCUACUUUGCAGAACUAUUGGCUGUGUGUGAGCAAGGCAAAAAAGAGGGAAAAGUCGUGGCAAUUGGAGAGUGCGGACUGGAUUACGAUAGACUCGAGUUUUGUGAUAAACCGACGCAACUCAAGUACUUCGAAAAGCAGUUCCAGCUGGCAGAAUUGACCAAAUUACCGCUAUUUCUUCACAAUAGGAAUACGGGAGGGGAUUUCUACGAGAUGAUUUCGAAGAACCGGUCGAGAUUCUCGAAUGGCGUUGUACACUCUUUCACGGGUGAAAAGGAGGAGAUGCUCAAGCUGGUGGAACUCGGACUGUACAUUGGUGUGAACGGCUGCUCGCUGAAAACUGCAGAGAACUUGGAGUGUGUCAAGGCGAUUCCCAUAGAACGACUGAUGAUUGAAACUGACGCACCUUGGUGCGAUAUCCGUGGCACUCAUGCUGGCCACAGCCACGUUAAGACUUCGUGGCAGAGCAAAAAGGCGGAGAAGUAUGCACCAGACUGUCUUGUCAAGGGUCGAAACGAGCCAUGCACACUCAUGUACGCUCAGCUCAGCCAAGUGCUUGAGAUCGUCAGUGCCAUUCGCGGCGAAGACCAGGAAGACGUUGCUUCCCGCAUCAUUGAAAAUACGAAGAAUGUGUUUUUCAAGAGCGAAUAAAUGGCAGUCUGAACAAUUUACGCCAUCCGCUCGAAUACCAGGAUAUAUACUUCGGACUACAGCUUAAGAGCCACGCAAUGAGAAGUCCUCCCGAAACGGAAUACUGUAUAAAAAAUAGAAUCCUUUCUUUUUUUGUAGCACCGGUAAAACAUGCUCGUUGCAACCACAUGGCUGCGAGAAUAAAAAUGUUGGUGGACCAGCCCGUUGGAACGAAUUUUUAGCAUUUACGCUACAAUAUUACAGUCCAAGAACCGCAGAAUCAAUAGAAGAUUCCUAGCCAUGAUUCACUUGUGGUUCUUAGCAUGAAAUGAAAGCAAAAGGACAGAAUCGUGGCUUCCAAUAUAAGUAGUUUAUUGCUUC